GUAACACAUGAAACAUAUGCCAAAAUAUGAUUUUAAAGCUCAAACAGGAGACAACUCCAUAGGAAUAUAAAAUAUAACAGACCUAAUUAUCUAAGCACAUAUUAUCAACCUUUAUAGCUUUUGCAUUUCAACUGAUUGAGAGUGGGGUACCUUGGGCAGCUGAAUCAGUUUGCAGAAUGACUUGGCAUUUCCAACAGAACACUGGACUGGACUUUCCGAAUCUCAAAAUAACUACAGCUGAAGGUGUCUUCUCUCUGCCAAGCAUGACAAACACUGCCAUGCUCAUUUCUAGGGGACAUUGAACCUCCAAUGCUUUCCAUGUUCUACUCACAAUACACACCAAUUCACAAUAUGGCUUAAGCAUAAACCAAAAUAAACAUAGCUUCUAACUACUAAUACAGCUGUGAUUAUACACAGUCUGACUAUAACUACUAAUACAGCUCUGAUUAUACAGUCUGACUAUAACCACUAUUAAAGCUGUGAUUAUAGAGUCUGACUAUAAAUACUAAUAGAGCUGUGAUCUUACAGUCUGACUAUAACUACUAAUACAGCUGUGAUAAUACAGUCUGACUAUAACUACUAAUAGAGCUUGGAUAAUACUCUGACUAUAACUACUAAUACAGCUGUGAUUAAACAUUCUGAUCAUAACUACUCAAACAGCUGGGAUUAUACAGCCAGACUAUAACUACUAAUACAGCUGUGUCAAAUAGUGGUUUUCCGUUUCACUACUUAAAUGUAAUUCCUCCAAAAUAUCUCUAUGACAGUUAUAAACUUUACAAGAGUCCUUGCUCAUUUGCGAUAAAGUAAUGUAGUGUUUCAGAACUACUGCAUGCCCUGUAUAUAUAACCAAAUACCAUCAAGCAAACCAGGCAUCCGUAAUGCCUACAGGGUACUAUUUAUGGUGUUAUCAAUUUGCAAUCUGGUUCCUGUAAUGCACAGUGAAAUAAGUGUCACACACUUUAUGGAAAAUGUAAUUUGUUUAGUAUAUUUGAAAUGGAAAUGGAAUUCCAUGAGUGCCAUGGAUGACAUUUAUGUUUAGGUAUUACUUACCUCAAUCAUAUACUAGCUAAUAAGACAUAUAUAUGUGUGUCAAGAUAGCUUUUCAUAUAUGGGUGAAAUGAUAAUGAUACUAACACAUCAAAUAAAAAUGUAUAAUAAAACAAAGCAGCUCAGAUGACUAAUGUAAAGACAAGGAUUCAAACAACAUGAAGCUGCAUGGUUUCAGGAAUAGCAGGGUCUAUAUGAUUAACCAUGCCAACGAUAGAAAGGUUGCAUUACUAACAAACCUAACAUAAUAUAUUCACUAACUAAUCCUUACGAAAAUUACAUUGUUACUUAGUCUACACUUUGAGAUGCGUGUAGCAUGUGGCCAUUGAGCAACAUGUAGGCAGUCCUAAAUAUUUAUGACAGUAGUUUAGGAUAAGGUAUAUAUACCCAACCUAUCAAUAUCAGAUAAAAAACGGAUGGCUUAAUGGCUACUAAAAGGAACAUUUCUUUUCACAUUUUGAAGUUAUGUAAAUAGGUUACAUACUAAUGCCAUGUGUUGAUCCUAUUAAAUAAAUAACAAAAUAACAAGUUAAUUAUGUGUCUGGAGAAUAGCAUGCCAACAGUGUUUUUGCAGGUUAACCCGAGGAACCAGGCUACUCUCCAUUACUGUACAACCAUAGAAACACACACAUUUCUUUUGCAUUUUAUUAUUAUGUUGCUUGGUUAAACCACAGAGGUUUAUUGUGAAAUAGAGGGCAAUAGCUAUCAAGGGAUGCUGUUUAUAUUGCUGUUUAUAUUUAAAAUAAAGAGCCAAAAAAUAUUGCACAGAAACACUACAUUGUGUUAACAUAUAAAGCUCCUAGCAGGUCUAUAUAACUAGUAUAUUUAGGAUAAUGUAUUAUUAGCUCUAUUAAGAGGUUUGUGUGUCUUGGUACUUCUUCACCAAAAGUCUAUUAUAAGGAACGUGUUGUUCUCAUUGUUCUCAUUAUAAUUAUUAUUAUAGUAGAACCCUACAUGCUGUAUUUAGCUCUGUAUUCUAUGCUAGAGGCAUUUUGUUGUUUUUGUGGGAAUUUCCAAACAAACAAGUCUAUUCACUGUGAACGAUUAUCAAUGGUAUAUUUAGCUGAAUGUAUCCAGUUGUCUCCCAGCGAUUAUCCCUGGUCAACAGGAAUAGCCCAUUCUCCUUUAGGAACAGGUCAUUGGUGGGACGGAAAGAAAUAGGUCAACUUUUUCUGAUUUGUCAUUUCUCCGUUUGACCUCAAUUCUGUCCCAAUGCUCCUACUUUACACGGGGAAGCUCUGCAGAUAUUUCUCUUUUAGAUAAUGCUCCAGCCUCCUGAUUUCCUCGUGAUUUGGAAAUAACAUGUUAUGCACUUGAAAUAAUUUGCAUUGACUAAAUAUAAACUGUCAAAUUUGUUGAUCAAUCUCGAUGUACAAUUGAAUGUACAAUUGCAAUAAGAUGUAGGCCUUUUUUGAACGAUUCUAUCCUCUUUUCCCAUUCCAUGGCUUAAAUUAGUAAUAGAUCAUUUAUUGAUCAUUAACCAGUUUCAUGUAUGCAACAAAUCAAAACGGAAUAAAGAAAAUUUUAUAUAUUUGCAUAUAUAUUAUUUCACACUAAAUUGUUCUCCUUGAACCAAAGUAAGGUUAUUCUGAGUAGUUUGGAUUAAUGUAAGAGUAUGUCUGUUCCCUAUUGAGAACUAAAAGCUGUCUUUGUGCCUUCAGAUCAGUUACCGCAUGUUACUAUCUUACACACAAAGUACUUCUAUUAUGCGCUGACUUACACAAUCAGCUUGGCUCUCUAUCUGUCUGUAUCUCUGCCUGUAUUUCUGUGCGGAUGGGAGGCGUCACUGCUGUCCGGAGACUAUAAAAUAGCAGUGCAGUCCGACUCUAAAACAUUAAUCCUGCAACUGCAUCCAUAAGCGAGCCUACAGUCAAGAGACAACAGCAAUGGCUUCCAUCCAUCGACCGCACAUCAAGAAACCAGCAUCAAACAAUAGUUCCGGGUCCAUGGCCAGCCCCUGCCGUUUCACAGACGUGCACGGCCUGCCCAGCAUUGAGAACCUCGUGAGGUCAGCGGAGCACACCCCGGAGGUCAUCAGCACCCGGGUCACCGGCACCAUCCCGGACUGGAUCACGGGCAACUUCCUCAGAAACGGCCCGGGGAAGUUUGAGUAUGGAAAUCAGACGUUCAACCACUGGUUCGAUGGCAUGGCUCUUCUGCACCAGUUCAAAAUAGCCAAAGGCAGGGUGACCUACAGGAGCCGUUUCCUGUCCAGUGACUGCUACCAGGCCAACAACGAGAACGACCGCAUCAUGGUGUCCGAGUUCGGAACCGUCGCCCUGCCAGACCCUUGUAAAAACUUCUUCCAACGCUUUCUGUCCAGAUUCGAGCUGCCAAAGGCCACUGAUAACGCCAGUGUUAGCUUCGUCACCUAUAAGGGGGACUACUAUGUGAGCACGGAGACCACCUUCAUGCACAAAGUGGAUCCUGAGACCCUGGAGACCACCGGAAAGGUGGACUGGAGCAAAUUCAUUGCAGUCAAUGGAGCCACAGCCCACCCACACAAUGACCCGGAUGGCACCACCUACAACAUGGGAAAUUCCUACACACCAAAAGGGGCCUUCUACAACAUCAUCCGUGUGCCACCUACAAAGUCCUCCCCAGAGGAGACGCUGGAGGGGGCCACUGUAGUCUGUUCCAUUCCCUCCACAGACAAGACAAAACCCUCCUACUACCACAGCUUUGCCAUGUCGAAGAAUUACGUGGUGUUCAUCGAACAGCCCAUCAAGAUCAACCUGCUGAAGGUUGUGACCGGCAAACUUACUGGGAAGGGCAUCAGUGACAGUGUCUACUGGGAACCCAAACUUGACACCAUCUUUCACCUGAUAGACAAAAAGACAGGCAAGUUGAGUUCGGUGAAGUACCACACCAAGGCAAUGUCCACCUUCCACCAAAUCAACGCCUUUGAGGAGAAUGGCUUCCUGCUCAUGGACAUGUGUGUAUCAGACGAUGGCCAGGCCAUCAAUAACUACAUGGUGCAGAACCUGCGCAAGUCCGGAGAAGCCCUUGAUGAGGUGUACAACACCAUGUGCAGGGUGUUUCCGAGGCGCUUCGUCCUUCCCCUUAACGUGGGCACUGAUACACCAUGUGGCACCGACCUGAACAAGGAGACGGACAGCACGGCCACAGCCAUCAAGAUCUCCAACAAUAAAGUUUUCUGUACCCAUGAGGACCUCCAUGGAGAGGACCUCCACUUUUAUGGAGGUCUGGAGUUCCCACAGAUUAACUAUGCCAAGUACAACACACGGCCCUACCGCUACUUCUAUGGCUGUGGCUUCCGACACCUAGUGGGAGACACUCUGAUCAAGAUGGACAUCCACAGCAAACAGAUGAAGGUGUGGGAACGGCCAGGUCUGUACCCAUCAGAACCGGUCUUCGUACCUUCUCCUGACGCCACAGAGGAAGACGAUGGCGUGGUGAUGGCUGUGGUCAUCACUCCAAACAAGGACAAGAGCACCUUUCUCUUGGUGUUGGACGCCAAGACCUUCAAGGAGUUGGGCAGAGCAGAGGUGCCAGUGAAUAUUCCCUAUGGUUUCCAUGGGACGUUCAAUGCCACGGCAUAGAUGGGAAGGACCAGACUAGCUUGUCUCUACUCUCAAAUAGUAUAGAGAAACUGUUGCAUACUCCGACAAGAUUUGUAUAGUGCAAUGCACACAAGAUUUUAUUAAUUAACUUGAAACAUAUCUUAUUUACCAAAUGUAGUUUCAAAAAGCAGCACAAUCUUAGAUUUUGAAAUUUCAUUGUCUUAAAGACAUGACAGUAAUAUUGCUACACUGAGAGGAAAAACAAAAACAAAAAGACACCAACUCCGCAAUAUUUCUAAAAUUCGAUCAAUUUUAAAUCUCAGUGACGCUGAAACUUUGUUACAUUCUUUCAUCUCCUCACGACUUGAUUAUUGUAACAGCCUUUUUACCUGCUUGAGCCAGAAAACACUCAAACGGCUAGACUGUCCAAAACUCAGCUGCCAGGCUUUUAACAAGAUCAAGAAAAUAUGACCAUAUCACACCUGUUCUAGCGUCUCUACACUGGCUUCCCGUUUGUUUUAGGAUUGAUUUUAAGAUUUUAUUGAUUACUUUUAAGGCUCUACAUGACUUGGCCCCAGCAUAUAUCUCAGAGCUUUUAGUCCCCUAUGUGCCGUCUCGUAGUCUGAGGUCCUCAGGCAGUAGGCUGCUGUUGCUCCCAGUGUCCAGGCUCAUAACUAAAGGGGACAGAGCUUUCUCCAUACGGGCACCGAAGCUCUGGAAUGACUUGCCUGAGGAAAUUAGGUUGACUGAGUCACUAACCAUUUUUAAAUCUCUCCUCAAAACCCACUUUUACCAGAGAGCCUUUCCAGAUUUCAUUUGAGCCUGCCUUUGUUUUUAUCCUGUCUUCUUUCUGUACAUCACAUGUAUUUUAUGCUCUUUGUUUUAAUUUGUGUUUCUAUUGUUCAGCACUUUGUA